UUCGUAAUCAUAGCCUCCCCGCGAGUUCGCCGUUAUAUUUUUUAUUGUUUCUCGAGUGGCGGUGUUUCAGUGCAAGUGAUUCAAAAUACCCGGGAUAAUGAACUCGUAUUUUGAGCAGACUGCGGGUGGCUUCUACGGAAGCCACCACCAUCAGACAGGAGCCGCCAGUCAACAUCAUGACCCGGCCACGGCAGCCGCCUAUCGAAGUUUCCCUCUCGGCCUGGGUAUGUCACCUUACGCGUCCACUCAGCACCAUCAUCACACCUCCUCGUCGUUGGGCAUACACCCGGGCGGAGGGACGAACACGAGGCCACCUCAAGAUUCACCGUACGACGCGAGCGUCGCGACGGCCUGCAAACUUUAUUCGACGACACCCGAGGCAACCGGACACACGACAUCCUCGUAUUCGACCACAGCGACCAAGGACUGUAAGCAACAAGAUCAAGCAUCGGCGCAUCAGAAUGGUUACGCUGCGGUGAUGGCAGCUGCGGCCGUCAAGGACGUUUGGCAGUCAGCGACCUCGGGAGCGAACAGUCAGAGCAAUUCGGUGGUUCGCCCAUCGGCGUGCACCCCAGAAGGGACGAGGGUUGGUAGCUACGGUGGUCUCGUAGGCGGCGAUCCAGCAUCGAGUCCCGGUAACAACAGUUCCUCGAGGUCCCUCACGUCGUCCUGGAACACCUGCAGUUUGAACUCGUCCGCGAGCCAACCGGUUGCCACGCAACUACAUCAGCAACCCACCAACCAUACGUUCUACCCCUGGAUGGCUAUAGCAGGUGAGUUUACAUUCAUAAGAUAGAUCUCUCUCCCUCUCUCUCGUACAACGAUUAUCAUAACAGCCGUGAUGAAAUAUAGAAGCGAGCACACACGAUGAUGCUUAGGGGAGAGAGAGAGAGAG